GGAAAUCAUCAUAAGUUGGCCAGCGUUGGUGGUUGUAGUACAAGCUUCCAAAAAAGAAAAAAAUAAUAUGUGGAAGAAAGUAGCUCUUCUGGCCAUCUUGGCUUCAGUGAAGUGUAAUCCAGUGAAGGAGCAUGGGAUUGCGGAAAAUCUCAUCGGUGCAGUGUCUGAUUGUGUUCAGAAGGAUACCACUUUAUGUCUAAAGGAGAAAGCCCUGAAAUUCACCGAACGACUGGCUAUAGCCAAAGACAUGAACAUCUUUGACGGCUUAUCUUUGAUCAACAUUGGAUCAGCUCGAUCUGCUCGCAGUUACGAGCCUUUGGUUGAAGAACCCAAGGCCAGGGAACUUCAGCUUAACGAGAGGAUAGCCGACAACGUUGGGGACUUUUUGGACAACCACGUGCUGCAGUUGCGUCUGUCCGAGCCUGAGAACGAAUCGCGGAAUUUGGAUGAUGAAGCCCGUGGCAAGAAGAAGAAGAAGCUCAAGCAGCUCCUCCCUCUCCUCCUCCUCUUGAAGCUGAAACUGGCCGCUCUCAUUCCUCUUUUCCUUGGAAUCAUCGCGUUCGUCGCUGUCAAGGCUGUCUUCCUCGGAAAGAUUGCCUUCGCCAUGAGUGCCUUUGGCCUCAUUCGAAAAUUAUUGAACAAAGGCGGCAGUGGCAGCUCGUCAAGUGGCGCUGUCAGCUACUCAGCUCCCCAUCAUCAUGAGGAACACCCAGGGUACUCCUACGAACCAGCAGCUGCUGGAGGCUGGGGCAGACAGGCGAAUGAUGCACAAUCCCUGGCAUAUGCUGGCCAACUAAACCAUUGAUAAUUCUAUGUAUUAAUUUGUGUGUAUGUGUGUGAAUUAUUUAUGUGUGAAUGCUGCAAUGUACAAGUACCUCAUUAAUUUAUAUAAUAAAUUAUUUCUUGAAAUUAUA